AUGGCGUAUAGUAAAUGCUUCUCUACAAUCUAUGCAAAUCAGUCUCAGACCAAUGUCACUAUUGGGCUUCAGUAUCAGGGGAUACCGGAAAGGGUUUUUUUUUCCACUGUCACUACAGUACCAUGUUUUGUGUUCCUCUUCAUUAAUGGGGCGAUGUUAUUCUCUUUGAGGAGCAAACCAGUGUUUCGUGAAACCUCUCGGUACAUUCUUCUGUAUAACCUGCUUUUUGCAGACACUGUAUUGCUAGCACACACUCAGUUAAUGUACAUAAUCGCUGCUUGUAGAAUUAGGCUAAUGUAUCCUGUGUGUGGUGUUCUCACAAUGCUCACAAAUCUCACAUCUGUGAUUUCUCCUCUGACACUGAUGAUGAUGUCUCUGGAGAGAUAUGUAGCCGUGUGCUACCCACUAAGGCAUGCUACCAUCAUCACCAUCAGAAACACAGGGGGGGCCAUCAUUGUGGUUUGGGCCUUUGGCUCUCUUAAUGUCCUCAUACGAGUUGUUUUAUUGUUAGAUUUUCCAUUUGAAGAGCAGGAGGGCCUGCAGAUGACAGAAUUUUGUUCCAGAGAAAAAAUGAUGCUUGGCUCAUUGUCUGAUGAUUAUGAUAAAGCCUAUACUUGUAUUCUGUUUAUAUCAGCGGGUAUGGCAAUUACUUGCUCCUAUAUUGGUGUGAUGGUAGCAGCCAGGUCAGUCUCUACAGACAAAGCUUCAGCGCGUAAGGCUCGUAACACACUGUUGCUAUAUUCGGUGCAGCUGGGCCUCAGUCUGUUCUCAACUAUAUACAACCCAUUGCUCAUAGCUAUCUCAAAGGUCGUAAACAAGAUAGUUUUGGUGCGUAUUCAGAUUGUUGGUUAUGUGUGUAUUGUCAUCUUUCCAAGAUGUCUCAGCACUCUCAUCUAUGGCAUCAGAGACAGGACCAUCAGACCCAUUCUCAUAUACCAUCUAUGCUGUCGCCUAAAACUAUCAGUUAUCCAAUCCAAGUCUGAGGUCUCAUCUUAG